UCUGAUGUGUUGCUGUGCUGUUCUCUUCCUCAGGUCCUGGACCUCUCCAACAACUACCUGGAUAACCUGCCGGCUGGUUUGUUCAGAGACAUGACCAACCUGACCCGCCUGGCCUUACACAACAACUCCCUCACCAGCCUGGACAAAGAGCUCUUCCAGGGCCUUGGGGGCCUGCAGAGGCUGGACCUGUCUCUGAACGGCCUGUCCUCCGUCCCACUGGGACUGCUGGACGAGACGCAGGGCCUCAGGUGGUUGUCACUGGCUGGGAACAGACUCAACGGUCUGGAGCGGGCAGCGUUCGAGCCCUUGGCCAACCUACAGCACCUGGAACUGGGACACAACCCCUGGGAGUGCGACUGCAACCUCCGCGACUUUAAGCACUGGAUGGAGUGGCUCUUGUACAGAGGGGGUAAGGUGGACGCGGUGGAGUGCACGCUGCCCAAGGACCUGCGGGGGCGGGACAUCCGCGGCGUUCCCAUGGAGAUGUUCAACUACUGCCUGCAGCUGGAGGACGAGAACGGCACCGGGGGGGGCGGGGCCUCGCGCUCCGGCACCGGAGGGGGCUCCCCGCCGUGCGCCCGCGGCGCGGCCCCCCCGGACCCCAACGCCGCCGCCGCCUCGGACAAAAGCAACAACAACGGCGCCGUCGACAACGGCGUCGGCGGGGGCGAGCCCGAGGCCUCGGAGGCGCCGGCGGAGUGCGUGCGGUCCCGCUACCGGCCCGUGAGCGUGCGUCGCGCCAUCGGCACGGUGGUGAUCGCGGGCGUGGUGUGCGGCAUCGUGUGCAUCAUGAUGGUGGCGGCGGCCGCCUACGGCUGCAUCUACGCCUCGCUGAUGGCCAAGUACCAGCGGGAGCUGAAGAAGAGGCAGCCGCUGAUGGGCGACGGCGAGGCGGACGGAGAGGACCGCGAGGAGAAGCAGAUCUCCUCCGUGGCCUAAGAGGAGAACCCUCCUCCUCCUCCUCCUCCUCUGAUUCUGUACACCUCUCUCUCACUCCUCGGACACAUGAGGAGAGGACGGCGGACGGGGCGGAGAGGUGGGAGGUGACGACUGGGGAAGGGGAGGGUGUCGUUUGAAAGGGCUCAAGACGGACAGAGUGAGAGGGGUUUGCGGAUGGAGGACUUGCUGCUCUCCGGUCGGACCCGGGGCUCUUGUUUCAUAGCUCUACGUGCACUCUGCUACCAAACCCCCUGUUGCUGUCCUCUGUCCCCAAUGUCCUUAAUGCUACCUUCAGUUCUUUUGCGUACCGUAAAAACACACAAACACGCGCAGGCUACUAUUCUAGGUCCUAUCUGGACACUGCGGUAUCGUCUCUCACCAACCACUCCUCCUGCUCUCUCACCCACCACUGCUGCCGGCUUGGGCUUACUCCCUCAGAAAUAUUGGCGUAAAAGGGAAGUAAAAGGGCAUUUAUAACUCGGGGAAUACACCGGGUUCCUUCCGAUGCUUUCACGGACACUCGUGGCGCGACACCAGAACAAACAACGGCAUUCGACUUUUCAGGAAUUUACAGGCAGUCAGUCAGGACCUAAAGGUACCGUACCUCGCCCACAGCGUUACCCAGGGACGGUGGUCUUCUGAUCUCCUCCUCAUUCUUUCCCAGGCAAGGCAAACAGACGGCCGACCCCACAGACAAGUGCAACAUCACCUGGCCUAGCCCUUCCCCAUUGCCCCAACCUCUCUGUAACCCCUAGGACGCUAAUUGUACAUGGUAACCUAAGCUAACUACACUGGAUGCUCUUCAUCAAAAACAUGAACGCAUUGAGGGGGAAUGCACUCUCGAUGUCGAAAAAUAUAUCAAGGAUGGACCAUUUGGAAAAAUCCUAAGCCAUUGUUUUUCCGCGCUCAUCUUUGUGUCAAAGAGACAUUCAUGGAUCUAUAAACCGCAGACUAGAGGGCAUUUUGAAAGUGUUUGUCCCUGAAAUGGCAAGCACAGCAAUCAUUAGGACCGGCACCCGAUGACCUACUGGAUUCUGUCAUCCAAUUACCUUGCGAAAGGACAGCAGAUUGGGCUAAUUUGUGCUAUUUGUCUUGUUUGUAUCGUAGAGACUCAGCACACACACACACACACACACACACACACACACACACACACACACGCGCGCGCGUGCGCGCGCAGCGCACGCUUUCAUUACCUGAUACAGCUGUAAUGACUGUCAUCUAUAUCUGAAACUGAGAGCUGUCGCUGGAAGGUCCCGUCAAACAUGGACUCUUAUCGCUGUGUUUCAUCUUCUGCAGGAAGCCGGAACAAUAUCCUCGUCUCUCCGAGGCUUUGAGUGAAUUCUCUCCGACUUGGAGGAGCACGGACCUUGCUUUGAUACAAAACUACUUUUGGCUUUCAGGAAUUUGUUUUUCUGAUUUCACCACCAAUGGGUUCAGUUUGCUCAUGUUGCGUGUGGGAAAUAUAUAUUAUAGCGAUAUUUCCUCCCCAAAAAAGAACUACAAACCGUCCUUUUCUAAGGACUAAAAACUACAAACUCCUGCACUUUAUUUCCCAUUCCCUCCGGCCUUCCGUCCCUCUCUUCCCUUUGUUCCAUCGAGAGUAGGCUGCAGUGCCCGGGAGCGUUUUCACACCCGACGCAGGGAUUAAAACGCUCCCUGCUAUUUUUCUCCUCCUCCUCCACCUUCUCCACCUCUCGAUCUUCAUCCACCCCCUCCAGCAAUACUUCACCUUCCUCAUCUCUCUCUCUCUCCAUCUCCCCCAUCCCAUGCCCUAAGCCGACUGUGGUUGUUUGGGUGGAUUUCCUUGAGCGAAAGCGAAAACGCGAGCCGGUCCUGACCCAGAGACCGCUUUGAUUUUGAGGCUUUCAAAGACAUUUUCACACGACCACGCGACCUUGUACCCGACGCUUGUCUUACACGAGGGCCGGCUUUGGGUUAAAAGCGGCUUCCCGUCGUGGUCCACAUACAAACAUCCUGUGGGCAGAUGGCGACGCUGCGCCUCCCCCCCCCCCCCCCCUCCCUGUGAUGAAGGAGUGGUUCUCGGAGUUAGCGGUCUGAGAAGGAGGGCCGUGAUGGAUUUGAAAUGCAAAUCGUGGCUCGUCUAUAAUUAGUGUCCCUUCUCUAUUUUGGACGGUCCGCUGAGACCCUUAUAAUAAUGGUGUGUCAUGUUAUACUCCGGAAUGAUGCGGAUAAAUAUCAUUGUGUUAGUCUUUGAUAUGGUGUGUUCAACCCGUGACCCCCCCCCCCCCCCCCCCCCCCCAUAUAGACACACCCCUCCCCCAUGCCCCCGCCCUUCCAACCAGCCAACCAAUAGAUAUCAUUUAUAUUUUUUUUUUUCCUGCAUUGAUUCAUAAUUCUGUACUUCCUUUGGUUCAUGAUUUUACGAUUGUAUUUAUUUGCAUAUCUGUGUAACGUUUCGUCUAUUUGUGUUUGGUAUUUGUUAUUUUCGUCCAAAAGGUAACAUAGACAGAGUUUGGCCCAAGAAUAUACUACAUACACUAUGUGAAACGUGGCCUGGUCUGUUGCCAUGGCGAAUUAUCCCGGCAUUCCAAAUAUCAUAGAGCAUUAGCGACAUAUCCAACGGCUGAAACUGUUGAUUCAUUGUCUUACGAGUCUGAAUGCACAAAUAUAGACUUUGGCUGUACCUAGUCGCUACAAGCUUUCCAUAGCUAGAUAGUGGAGGGAUCAUGCUGUCCUUAGGAUCAUAGCAGAGAUUCCCCAUGUAUCCAUUGCACAUUCCACACAUCGGCAAUGUACAUAGAUACCCAUUUAGAAACUGGUGUGGGCGCUAAUUCACAUAAACAAACAGUAAACUGAAAGUAACAGCCAUACCGUAAGAUCGACAAAAGCAAAGCUCUUCUUAACGAUAAGACACUAGAUUGAAAAAACAAGCGGAACUAUAGCCAUGUACUAGAAUAAUUGAACGAACUAUACUGUCGAGGGCGCCCGGCAGGGCUGCCAUCGGACAAAAGGCGACGGGCAAACUCUGUCUAUAGGUCGACUGGGAAACACUCGUCAUCGAUUGGUCUGCAGUUCUCGUGGUUGUCAUUGGUAGCUAAGUGACUUAGCUAGCUGAAUCCUGUUCAUAUAACUUGUGUGUUUAAACAAUAAACUAUAGUUUGUUUAAAAAAUAUCUAAAAUA